GUUAAAAAUUAUAUAUUGCUGAUCUGAAUUUGACACAUAUUUCCAAGGAAAGGUUAUAAAUUAAAAAAACAUUAUUUUGUAAUUAUAUGUGAAAGACAGAUUUGAAUUAUUGGUGACAAAGAAUACAAAUUUUUAUGCACUUCAUGUAGAUAUAAAGGUAUUCGACAAUGGUUAAAACAAAAAAGAAAUCUUUGUCCGAGCUUUCUCAGCAAAAGCGAAGUCAACAGAACAAAGAACGCUUGAAUCCGUUUGAAGUGCAUAUAAAUAGGGACAAACAGAAUGUUUUGGGAAGAAAAAGCAAGGCAGACAAUGGACUUCCAGGAGUAUCGCGAGCAAAAGCAAUAAACAAGCGCAAAAAAACGCUUCUACAAGAAUAUAAAUUAAAAAAUAAAGAUAAUAUAUUUUUAGAUAAGCGUAUCGGUGAAAAAGGUAUUUCAAUGAACGACGAAGACAAAGCUAUGGCAAGAUUUGUCAAAGAACGUAUGAAAGCUCACAAAAAGAAAAAUAUUUAUAGUUUAAACGAUGAAGAGGUGUUAACGCACAGGGGUCAAACUUUAGAAGAGAUUGAAAAGUUUGAUGACCCGAAAAGCGAUGAUGAAUCUAGCGACGAUGGGAACAAGACUGGUAAACUGGAAGAUAAAUUUGUGGGUGAAGCUCACUUUGGCGGCGGCGUUUUGUCAAAAUCGGAAUCUGGAAAGUCCAGAAAAGAUCUCAUAAAUGAACUUAUAGCUGAAUCAAAAAAACGAAAAGCUGAGAAACAGAUGAUACGCGAACAAACUGUAGAUUUAACCGAGAAACUAGAUUCCGAAUGGAGGGAUCUUCUUCCAAUUGUAACGGCGGCUAAUAAAAUUCCCGAAGGAACAGUCGAUAAGAUAAAAGCUGAUGAUUACGACAUUUCUGUACGAAAAUUAAAGUUUGAAGCUAGAGGUAUGCCGUCGGAUAAAUUAAAAUCAGAGGAAGAAAUUAUAAAGGAAGAGAAGGAAAAGCUGGAAGCUCUCGAAGCAGAUCGAUUAGCGAGAAUGAAAGGAUUUGUAAAUGAUUCGAAUAAUGAAAUUAGGCACAAGUCGGCGGACGAUCUUGAUGAUGGUUUUACGGUAGAAACUAUAAAUGAUGAAGCACCAAUUGGCGAAGAAAACAGUUUGGUCAAGAACGCAGAAGGCGAUUCUAGUAGUGAUGAUGAGGACGACAAUAAUGAUGACGAUGAUGCAGACAGUAAUGAUUCUCAUAAUGAUAAUGAUAACAAUUUAAUUUCUGACAAUGAAGGAAAAACUAUAAAUGACCAGAAAGACGACCAAUCGGACACUCAAAUGAACAGUAACAAAAAUAAAACAAAAAGUUCUACAGAAAACAAACCAGACGAAAAUUCGGAUGCAGAAAUCUCGGAAACUACGAGUUCCGAUGAAGACAAUUUAUCAGAUUUAAAAGAAUCUUCUAGCGAAGAUGAAAGUAUGUCGCCUAAAAAGAGUGUUACAUUUGCAAAAACUAACGAAGCUGUUUCAAAGGAAAAUAAUUCCAGUUCUGCAAUAGGAAAGUCAAUUUUGAAGACAAAAAAUGAUACGCGUGACGAUCGGUUAAACAAUGAUGAUAAAAAGCAAGAAAUUAGAGAUGACUUGUUAAAAAGGAAAGAAAUUAUGGAGAAAGCGAGAAAAGAAUUACCUUAUACUUAUAAAGUACCCGAAAAUUACGAAGAAUUACAGGAACUAUUGGUCAAUCGUAAUGCCGAAUAUCAGUCGGUUAUCAUAGAUCGUAUUAUAAAGUGCAAUCAUUGGACAUUAGAUGGUAAAAAUAAAGAAAAACUAUCAAGUUUGUUUUUAUUUUUACUGCAGCACUUAAAUGAUUGUGCCAUAGAGGACGAUGUCGAAAGCAUAGUUAAUUGCUUCCAAAUAAUAGAUAGAUUAGCCCCUUUUCUGUACGAUCUUGCGCAAAUGAAUCCAGAAAAUGCUAGAACCGUUAUACAAGAAAUAAUUAAAGAAAAACACGAAGAGUUUGAAAACAAUAAAAAGAAAUAUCCUGAUUUAGAUACACUUAUUUUCUUCAAAUUAGUUUCUUUGAUAUUCCCAACGUCUGAUUUUAGACACCCUGUUGUUACUCCUUGCUUAAUAUUUAUGUCUCAAAUAUUACUUAGAUGCCGUGUUAAAAAUAAAGUAGAUAUCUCGAAAGGUCUUUUCAUAUGUACGCUCGUUUUAGAGUACACGCUUUUAAGCAAGCGAUUCGCACCAUCUGUAAUAAAUUAUUUACGUGGAGUCAUUUACAUAUCUAUACCAAAGCACGUAAUUCAGGGACUGAAGAUUAUACCACCCUUUAAAAGAAUGGGCGAAUUAAGCAAUUUAUUAAUAGUUAACGGAAAUCAAACUGAUUUGGAUAUUGAUCCCAGCAGCACGCUUAUGAAAGCAGCCGAUUUAAUACACGGAGAGUUAGACGACGACUUCAAAAUAAGAAGUCUACUAACAGCUGUAAAUUUGAUACGCGAAUUCAAAAACCAACUUGAAGAAUUAGAAGCAGUGUAUACAAUAUUUGAGCCAAUUUUGAAUUUACUUAAGUUAAACGCCCUCGAUAGGUAUCCGUUAAAAGUGAAGAAUCACAUUAAAAAAUUACGAAAAGACUUGAAAGAAUUGAAAAAUAAAAAGUUAGAGUAUAUGGUGAUUGAAAAGAAGAAGCCAAAACCACUAAGACUUUACGAGCCCCGAAUCGAGACCGUAUACGACGGGAAGAGGCACAAGACCAUGUCCAAAGAGAAAGCAGAGAGAGAAAAGCUAUUGCAUAAAUACAAGAAAGAGAUGAAGGGCGCCGUUCGUGAAAUACGAAGGGACAGGGCCUUCAUAGCAAAACUGCAAAUCAAACAACAAAUUAAGAAUGACGAGGAACGCAAACGCAAAGUAAAAGAAAUCUUUGGUGAUGCUGCAAUGCAACAAAGCGAAUUGAAGAAGAUGAAAUGGAAGAAAUAAAAGAUAUGAAAGCAAAGUAUGAAGGCAUACUACGGUUGUAAAAUAAUUCUACGAGAUCAUAAUUAUUUUAUUUGAUGAUCCUGGGCAAGCUAAUUUUAAUGGUAAAAUAAUCGUAACCGCUAUAUCAACGACUCAUAAGAUUUUUUGUAAUUUCAAAAUUAAAUAUUUCCGUGAAAAAAUAUA